AUGGACUUCUGGCUAGUCCAGGACACUUCCAGAGGUGGAGAUAGCUGUCCUUUAUACGGAUCUACACUUUGCGGCGAGAUUGCAGCCAGCGUGCCGAAUAACGGAUCACUACCGUGGGUUGUCAGUCAAAUGUCCAUGAGAACCUCUGAUGUCUAUUACAUCGUUGCCCGCGGGGAUAAUGAGGGUUUCAACUCUCAUUAUAUUAAUAUCACCGAAGCUUCUCCAUCGACUAGCACUGCUACAAGCCUUCCAGGACCUACAUCCACCUUGUCACCGUCACAGACAUUUCAGGCCGUCGCUACACCAUCGUCAUCACCAUCAUCGCAGGCUAGUACUUCUCAACCAGUGGGUGCAAUUGUCGAUGGAGUAGUAGGAGGAGUCGCUGGGGUUGGUAUUAUCGCUGUUCUUUCUUUUCUUCUCUAUGGAGAAAAGAAGAAGCAAAAGCAAGCUUCUGGUUAUCAAGGCGUAUAUGUACUAACACCCUAUUCUGAACCCAUGGAAGAUCCGUGGAAACCCGAGGUGCAGGCUCCGCACCCAGAGAUGGACGAUACAUCACGUUGUCGUUCCUAA